GAAGAGAGAGACUUGAAGGGACAUCUCAGAAGAAACAGCUUGAACUUCCCCAUUCCCAACCAAGUCAGCGCCAUGGACACUAAAGGCUCAUUUUUCUAUGGCUUCCUCUUGCUGCUGCUCAUCCAGCUCCAGCCCAGCAGAGCCAACCCUAUCUACAGCCUCAGCCCUGCCAAAGAACUGGCCAGCAUGGAGGCUCUGCUGGAACGACUGGAGGAUAAGUUUGCAAUGAUUGAAGCCCUGGAGUCCAACCCUGACCUGCAAGAGCCCAAAACCCAGGAGGAGAUCCUGUCAGAACUCGCCGACGACAGUGACAACCAGAAGGCUGAACCCAGGAUCGCACCCAACGCCCCUCUGUCCUACAGGAACCCCUUCCUCAAGAGACUGAGGGGGCUGCAGAUGCCCAGGAUGAUGAGAGAUUCUGGCUGUUUUGGGAGGAGGAUUGAUAGGAUCGGCUCCCUGAGUGGGAUGGGCUGCAAUGGUUCCCGGAGAAAUUAGGAUCAACUUUCCUAUUCCCUGCUCUGAAGAAUGCUUUACAGUACCCCUUCCUCCCAAGAUGAAAGCCAGAUGCUUUCUAAGCUCCUCAACAGAAAGUUAUUCCUAUUUUUAUUUAUUUAUUUAUUUAUUUAUUUGAUGUUUUUUUAAAGAACAUUUCUUACGCUAGCACUGACAGACCAUCUUUAAAUAAAACUAACACAUUAGACAUCUGUGCUGGACCUCUCUCCUGUCUGUUGCAUUAAAUUAUCUUGUGUUUGCCU